AUGCUUGAGAUCGCCUGUUUCAAUGUUCCGUCCGCAAUCGCAGCGGCAGAGGCAGGCGGAGACCGGAUCGAGCUCUGUGCCGACUAUGCUGUUGGCGGUGUCACUCCUUCCCAUGAUGCCCUGGCCGAGCUUCGCAAGGCGACAACGAAACCCAUCAAUGUCAUGAUUCGGCCAAGACCCGGAGACUUCGUCUAUACAACUUUACAGUUCUACCAGAUGCAGCUUGACAUCCUGAACUUCAAGCCGACAGCGAGUGGGUUCGUCUUCGGCAUACUGGAUGCAGAAAACCGCGUUGACGAAGCGCGCAACCGUGAGCUCGUGAAAAUGACAGGAGGACUUCCUUGCACAUUCCAUCGCGCGUUUGAUUCGGUGCCGGAUCAAGGGGAAGCGGUCGAGAGCUUGAUCCGUUGCGGCUUUACCUCAGUCCUCACUAGUGGAGGCGAGGCCGACGCUGUUUCUGGAGCUGCUCAUGUCGCUCGACUGCAGAAAGACUUUGGUGAUCGGAUCACGUUCAUACUUGGUGGAGGCGUUCGAUCGACCAACGUUGCAGCGCUGCGUCAGCAAACGAAGGCCCCGUGGUAUCACUCUGCAGCUAUCACACAGCCCGGCGAAAUGGUCGAUAAGGACGAGGUCUCAAGACUCAGAAGUGUACUCGAAAGCGAAUGA